AUGUAUCUGUCGUUUGAUGAUUUCCGAACCGGCUGCUCACGAUAUUGGGGACAUCAUGCACCUCAUGCAUCUCCGCAGACGAAGCAGCAGGCCCUGGAAUAUCUUCAGCACGAAUCCUUGAUACAUGCCGCCAGCCAAGCUAUGCUGGUUACCAGAAAGCACCCGUGGAAUUCUGACUUCAACAAUAGAUUGCCAAGCACGAUGACCAGAUUACAUCUCACAGCGUACUUCGGGUUGAUGGAACAAUUGAUGGCAUUGCUUGAGACAAAAUAUAGCCCAGGUGCAGCACGUAAUGAGCAUGAUACGGUUCCAAAGCUGCUUUGUAAGAAAGACGGCGUCGAUCCGGACUGUCUGGACAGCAAUGACCGGACACCUGUGGCGUUGUUUGCAAUGCAUGGCACACGAGGCAGUAGUAGCCUGCUUCUGGGCAAAAGAAAUGUUAAGCCAGACUCCAAAAUUAACGAAGGCAGGACUCCACUGUCAUUGGUCGCACGCAACGGGCAUGAGAAGGCAGUGAAGGAACUGAUUCAGAAUGUCCAAGCCAAGCUGAAUGUUCAGGGUACUUAG